AUGGCAACCGUCCAGGGAGGAGGGGAUUCAAAGCUGUUCGCUCGGGGCAAGGUGGCAGAGCUGCGCCUCGAGUUGAACAGCGGCGGGAAAAAGGACAAGAACCACUCUGUCAAGAAGGUCGCCCUCAAGAAGAUCGUCGCCAACAUGACCAUGAGCAACAACGAUAUGGUCGCCCUAUUCCCCGACAUCAUCGGCUGCAUGAACAUACCGAGCCUGGAGAUCAAGAAGAUGUGCUUUCUGUUCUUGGUGAACUACGCGAGGAUGAGGACAGAGAUUGCCGUCAAGGCGAUACCCGUGCUCGAACAUGACAUGGAAGAUGCCAACCCCCUCGUUCGAGCGCUCGCCCUCCGCACAAUGUCGUACAUUCACGUUCGGGAGUUCGUCGCGGCAACGGUACCACUUGUGAAGCGGCUUUUGCAAGACCUUGACCCGUACGUGCGCAAGACGGCAGCAUUCUGUGUUGCGAAGCUCUACGACCACGAUAGGCACAUGGUCGAGCGGUCCGACCUCAUCGACAGGCUCAACUCGCUACUGAGGGAUGACAACCCCACAGUUGUCGCAAGCGCCCUGGCAAGUUUGAUGGAUAUAUGGGAGAGGAGCGACGCCAUCAAGCUCACCAUCGACUACUCCAAUGCGUCCAAGAUGGUGGCCAUCCUUCCCGACUGUUCGGAAUGGGGUCAAACGUACAUACUAGAAGCCCUCAUGUCCUACGUGCCUCAGGAGACGGGGGAGGCACACUUACUGGCGGAGCGCAUCUCGCCCCGGCUUUCUCACUCCAACUCCGCCGUGGUGUUAACCUGCAUUCGUGUCAUCCUUUACCUCAUGAACUACAUGGCCGAGGAGAAGCAGAUUGCAGCACUCUGUCGGAAGCUCUCUCCGCCUCUGGUCACUCUGCUUGCCAAGGGACCCGAGGUGCAGUACCUUGCCCUGCGAAAUGCGCUGCUCAUGCUCCAGCGACGGCCUGACGUGCUGAGAAAUGACAUCCGCGUGUUUUUCUGCAAAUACAACGACCCUAUUUAUGUCAAGGUCACCAAGCUGGAGUUGAUCUUCAUGCUCGCAAAUGAAAACAACAUCGACGAGGUGUUGACGGAACUGCGAGAAUAUGCGACAGAGAUCGACGUGCACUUUGUGCGCAAGGCCGUUCGUGCCAUCGGCAAGCUUGCCAUCAAGAUCGAGCCAGGUGCAAGGAGGUGUAUCAACCUCCUUCUUGAACUCGUCGCCACCAAGGUGACAUACAUCGUACAGGAGGCGACGGUUGUCAUUCGCAACAUCUUCAGGAAAUACCCCAACCAAUACGAGUCCAUCAUCGGAACACUGUGCGAGCAUCUGGACAGCCUGGACGAGCCCGAGGCCAAAGCUGCCAUGGUCUGGGUCAUUGGACAGUACGCAAGCCGCAUCGAGAACAGCGAUGUGUUGCUGGAAGACUUUCUGUUCUCCUUCUCUGAAGAGCCGGUAGAGGUGCAGCUGGCCCUGCUCACAGCUACCGUCAAACUCUUUAUACAGAGACCGACCAAAGGACAAGAGCUGGUCCCCAAGGUCCUGAAGUGGGCCACGGAGGAGACCGACAACCCCGACCUGCGCGACCGCGCCUACAUGUACUGGCGCCUCCUGUCCACCGACAUGAACACCGCCAAGCAGGUCGUCAUGGGCGAGAAACCUCCGAUCACGGCUGAAUCCGAACGACUCGACCCGCAGACCCUGGAGGAGAUGUGCCUCAACGUAGGCACGCUCGCGACCGUCUACCUCAAGCCCGUACAGACCGUAUUCCGCAACGCCCGCCCCCGGCGCCUGGUGGAGUCACCCGCGCUGCAGAGAAGCUACAUUGUCGACGGCCAGGCCCCCAUGGCCGGCUUCGAUACGAACAAGACGCUCAGCCAGUUCGGCCAGGGUGGGCAGCCUACUGAUGUGGACCCGCGCACGUUUGCGUCUGGUGCCGCGUCGAAUAGCAACGGCAAUCUCGCGCAGGCGGUCAAUGAUGCGGACGCAUAUUUUGCGGGGAUUGGCAGCCAGCAAAUGCAGGCAAUGCGGAUCCAGGAUGCUGAAGGUGACGCUUUCGGUGGAGGGUCGGGCCACGAGGCUGGGUAUGUGGUGAAUCAAUACGCGCCGCAGCAGGUAUUCCAGCCUGCACAGGGUGUCGGAUCUAACGGGGAUCUGUUGAUGUUUUGA